GCACCAGAGAGCAAGCUUACGUCUACGGGAUUUCUUCCUCGGCGCUAGUCCAUUCCAUAUCUCGAGCCUGCAGUAUAGGCGUCACCAGCAAGUGUAGCUGUGGCAGUCUGCCCACGACGCCACCCAAUGGUAACUUUAAAUGGGGUGGCUGUGGCGACGAUGUCCAGUUCGGGCUGUUGUUUGGGGAGACGUUCACAGACUCUACACUAGUGAACAAGAAGGGUAAAGCAAAGACAUCAAAGAAGUCUAUGAUGAACAAGCAUAACUUUAUGACUGGGAGAAGGGUAGUCGCAGAUAGCGUCACCCGAGCGUGCAAGUGCCAUGGCGUCUCAGGCUCGUGCUCCAUAAAGACCUGCUGGCGCUCACUGCCCAGCUUUGACACUAUCGGGGCCACCCUGAAAGAAAGAUACGCCCUUGCUGUCGAGGUGAGGAGAAAACGGGUGAAGAAAGAGAAAGUUCUAGAGCCCAUCCACAAAGGGAAGCCAUCUUUCCAGUCGGAUGAGUUUGUUUAUUAUGAAAAAAGUCCUGACUACUGCAGUCCUGAUGAGAAAACGGGAUCUGUGGGGACAAUAGGCAGGUUAUGUGAAGCAGACACUAGACUUCCCGGGAACUGCGAGUCGAUGUGUUGCGGUCGGGGACACGAUAACUUUACCAUGGAAGUCACAGAAAGGUGUGAAUGCAAAUAUUACUGGUGCUGCUACGUCAAAUGCAACACUUGUGUCAAAAUUUUGAAGCUAAACCAGUGCCGAUAA